AUGGUCUUUCCUCAAGCUACGAUUGUCAUUACAGGGUCUGGGGGAAUAGGCACGAGCAUCGCCCGUCGCAUUGCCAACGGCCAACGCAUCUUCUUGUCGGAUGUUUCGCAAGUGAACCUAGACGGUGCUGCCGAGGCGUUGCGCCGAGAUGGCCAUACCGUGGAGGCUCACCUCGUCGACGUCUCCAAGUAUGACCAGGUCAAGGCUUUCGCUGACACAGCUGCUGCCUCCGUCGACUUGCUAGGCACGGCCAAUGUGCUCGAUGCAUUCUACGAGGUAGCCAUGCCAGGUCAAUCAAUUGUCUGUGUAGGUAGCGGCUCUGCCCACGUCAUGAAGGAAGAGGUUCCAUUGGAGGUGCUUGACCAUCUCGCCCCCCGCGACGCUCUACUUUCGCACCCAGCCAUCCAAGCAACUGUGAACCCUCUGCUCGCGUACCAGAUUGCCAAGCGAGGCAGCCUUGCGCGAGUGCAGCUGAUGGCCAAAGCAUUUGGCUUGAAGGGCGCACAGAUCAACAUCAUCUCCCCUGGCAUGAUAGCGACAGAGAGGGGCAGGCUGGAGUUGGAAGGCGAUAUGUUGCGGGCGUACAUUGAGAUGCUCACAAAGGAGUCCGCAAUGGACAGGCUUGGUACUGUGGAUGAUGUGUCGAACUUGGUCGAGUUCUUGGUUUCGGACCGGGCAUCCUUCAUCUCAGGUGCGGACAUUGUCGUGGACGGUGGUGUUGCUGCAGCGCAACGUUGGAAAAGGGAAUGA